CCAAAGGUAUUGGGCUUGAGAAGGAAUGUUUGCUGCCAAUGAGAAAUGUUUGACUUAUAACAGUGGUGCUCUAUGAGAUUUUCAAACAGCACCCUUUUAACCACACAAGAAAUUAAAUCCACAAUUAUACUAUCUUGUCUGAAUCUACAGGUACAUGAGUGGCACAAAGGCAAAAUAAAACAGAAAACAAUUAAUAACAGAAGUGCUCAGUGGGAAUGAAACACAUUAAAUGCCUGAGUAUGCAACUGUCGUGGUGGUACAUGUUAAGUUUGUGUUAUCAUACAAUAAGGAACCUUUAAGCCACCACUCAGCUGGUACUCCGGUACUGUUUUCUACUGCACUUUUCAUUAGCUUUUAACACAUUUCAUUAUACAAUCCCUGGCCCAGCCACGCACAAUAGGAAGUUGUUUCCUUCCUUCUUACUCUGUGGAAAUCCUGCUCAGCACAGCAGGAGAAGGAUCACAGGCAAAAAGACACACUUAGACCCAUCUUCACUUCUUAAUGAACCUUCAUUGAACAAAUUGCAUCGCUAACCCAUAUCCAUUGUACCAAGCCAUGGCUCCUAACACUCACAAUAUCGGUGCUACCACCAUAACACCCACUACAACUUUUAACACCACAACAACCGCUGCCCCUGACUUCAUCACUCAGCUGCUCAAUAUGAUCCCAUUGCCAAGAUGGGCUAUUUACGCUAUAGCGGCAGCUAUAGGUCUUGUCUUCUUAAUCUGCUUCUUCUACAUUUGUAUCAAAUGCUGCUGCAAAGGAAAGAAAAACAAAAACAAAAACGAGAAGAUCAAACUAGAUGGCAUGAAAGGCUUCACCACAGCAGCUCUGGUACAGCCAGGCUUGGAGGAUUUGGAUUAUGGUUCGAGUGACAAGCCAAAAGGAAAGCUGCAGUAUUCUUUGGAAUACAAUUUUCAGAAUCAAGAGCUCAUUGCUGGAGUGAAGCAGGCAGCUGAGCUACUAGCCAUGGAUCUGGGUGGGACAUCUGAUCCUUACGUCAAGGUCUACACGCUUCCAAACAAGUCAAAGACGUGGGAGACCAAAGUGUACAGAAAAACACUGAACCCCAUUUUUAAUGAGAUUUUCAAGUUUCAGAUACCCGAGGCUGAGCUAAAUAAAUCGACCAUCGUGAUGCAAGUAUAUGACUUCAACAGGUUCAGCAAGCAUGACGUUAUUGGGGAAUUGAGAAUUCCACUCAACACAAUGGACCGUAAUCACGUAAUUGAACAGUGGAUGGAGCUAAGUGCAGCUUCUAAAUAUGAGCAUGAGAACCUUGGUGAGAUCUGCUUCUCCCUGCGCUACGUUCCCACCACGAGCAAACUCACCAUUGUUAUUCUGGAGGCCAAGAACCUGAAGAAGAUGGAUGUUGGGGGGUUAUCAGAUCCGUAUAUCAAGAUCCAGCUUAUUUUGGAUAAGAAGAAGUGGAAGAAGAAGAAGACAUCAGUGAAAAAGAAAACACUGAAUCCGUACUUCAACGAAUCAUUCACUUUCGAAGUGCCCUUUAAAGAAAUACAGAAAGUUCAGGUGGUCAUAUCUGUGUGGGACCAUGACAAGAUGAGCAAAAAUGAUGCAAUUGGCAAGAUCUUCUUGGGCUGCAGUGCUGCAGGCAACCAGCUUCGCCAUUGGUCUGACAUGCUGGCAAAUCCCAGGAGGCCCAUAGCCCAGUGGCACACACUGCAGUCUAUGGAAGAAGUAGAUUCAGCCUUGGGAAUGAGCUAUAAAUUCAAAAUACCUUUAAUAAAUAAAACAUUUUAGAGACUGUCAUUUUAAUAUGACCCUUCCCAACUUCCUUGGAUGUAUCUCAAAAUGUUAUGGACACAAAGAUACUGCAGAGUACACUGGACAGGGACAGCAGGAAAUCAAGACUGCUACUUCAAAAUGACUGAACAUAAAGCAGAGACUUAGAGCCAACACUCCCAGAGGAUAAAAGACAUCUUGUUCCUCAAUAAACCAGUCCAAAGUUUGAAGUCGCUGUAUUAGGUGACAAAAUCGAAAUGCCAUAGAAUUAGCAAAACACAUCUUCAAGGCAGUUAAAUUACUAAAUAUUCUGUUAAGCAAGCCUUUGUUACUAGACUCCCUAGACACUUUUAACUGAGGUAUGUAAUAUUCAGAUUUUGGUAAUGUGCAGGUGUACAGCUUACCUUUACUGUCUCAGUAGGAACCGUAACCUUAGACUGCUGGGAUAUUGUAUUAGUUGUUAUACAUUUAAGAUAGAAUGUACUUCAAACACAUUAAAGGCACUUUAAAAAAUAAACCUUAAAAAUCACUCUGUCUUGCAAUAGAUUAUAAUAUAAAAUUAUUUGGACCGUAAGCGUUAGCUUCAGUCUUUAAUUAACUUUUUGAAAGACGAGAAUUCAACAGUAAUUUGCAAAACUGAGAUACCUCAAAUUGCAUGGCUUAGACAUUUGAUACUAGUUUUGUAAAGUCAAUAGAUGUUUUUCCGCUUUAAAAAAAUAGGAAUUAAUUAAAGACUGGCGCAAACUCUUUGAAAAUAUGGCCCUUGUUUUACUAUCAUAAGACUUCAGCUAUUUCCUUACUAACCCCUCUGACCUUAGCUUUGCAUAAUCACUGUUUUAAGUUGUUUAAAGUUAAGAUUAAGAUUUAAACCCAUUUGCUACAGUGCUGCAAUUGGCCAAACCCAAGUCAAAUAAUAGUUUGCACCACAAUAUAACUCCAUCCUCAAAACACACAGAAAAUGUCACACAUUGCGAACCUCCAAAAGGGGGUUGCUAACAGGGAGAAUUCAUUACUGGUACAAAUUUGCAAAAACGUACAACCUUAGAAAUGCUCUAAAAAUUACACAUAUUACAGUUUUAUUUUUGUAUUUAACUUGAAUUAAUGAUUUGUCAUAUAUUUUUUUA